AUGGAUAAUUCUAAUUCAACCGAAGAAAAAAAUCUUUUAAUUUAUGAUAAAACAAGUAAAGUAGGAUGCAUAUAUUUUUUAGGAAUUAGUAGUAAUCUUUAUAGAGGAAAAAUAAUUCUUAAAAAAAACACUAUAAAUGACAGAAUAGUUAGAUAUACCAAUUUAAAUGAUAAUUUGAUUUUAAUAAAAAAUGGAAAUUUCAAUUUUAAACAAACAGCUAUAUUAAUUAAAGGAAUAACAAUUUUUUUGCACAGGCAGCUAGAAGUAUUACUCACUGAUUUCUAUGCUAUGUAUAAGAAGUGUGUAUUUAAUAAUUUUAAUAUAAACAAUGAUUUAAAUAGAAUGAUGAAGAAAUUAAAAAUAAAUAAAAGUUUUAAAAUAAAAAAAAAAAUAUUAUCAUUACAAGAUUCAAAUAGAAAUGGCACUGAAUUACACAUGAACACAACUAAUUAUUUAAAUAAAAAUAAAAACAUGGCAAAUAUAAAUGAUUUAAUGUUAAAAGAAAGUAGCGGACUAUAUAUAAACGAUUAUAAUUUUGAUAAUGAUGGUAUUCAUAAUGAAGAAAAUAUAAUUUAUCAAGAUAUUUUAACAAAUGCAUCCUCUUUUGAAUAUUCGAAAUUUAAUAACUUCUAUACAAUAAACAAUGGAAUGAAAAAUUUUAAUACAAAAGUAAGCACUGAUAAGACAGAAAUGCAAAGUAAUAUAAAGAAUGUAUCAAAAUUUAAUUUAUUAGAAGAUACAAAAAAUGAAACAAAUAAAAAUAUAGAAAAAUUUAACUAUUCGACUAAUAGCUUAUUUGCAAAUACAAAUAUUAAUAGGAAGAGCUUUUCUUAUAAAGAUAUAAACAAUACUAUAUUAAGAAAUGGUUGUGAUAUAAAUAGCAAAAUAAAUAAUAAUUAUGAAACAGUAAAUAAUAAAAAUAUUAAAAAUAACAAAAAAAGAUUUUUUGAAGAGGUAGAUGAAGAAAUUAUAUUAAAAGACAACGUAUGGAAUGAAUUAAAAAUAAAUAAAAAAAAAAAAAAAAACAAUGAAUAUUUUGAUGAAAAUUUGGAAAAUAUUAAUCAUUUUUUUAAUUUAUUAAAUAAUAAUAAAAAAAGUAAUUCUAAUAAUAUGUCCUUUUUAAAUUUUUACGAAUUAACAAAAAAUUGUACUACGUUAGAUUCGAGAAGAGAAUUACAUAAUAUAUUCAUGUGUUUAAUUGAGAAUGAAAAUGGUAAUAAGCAACCAAAUAAUUUCAAGCUAAUCCAAACAAAAUCAAGCAUAUCUUCUUUAAAUGGAAGAAGUAGUAAUAAUUUAAACUUUGAAGAGUUAAGAGAAAAAUUUAAUGAUUAUUUUUUGAAUGUUAACUUAGAAAAUAAUCAGGAUAAAAAUAAAAUUUCCAAAAAAUCGGUUGAUUCUUUUAUUAAUAUUACAGAUAAUAUUGAUUACAACUUUGAUAAGAUGAGUGAUUUUUACAAUAUAAAUUCAGAGCAAAAAAAAAUAAAAGAACAAGAACAAGAAAUUUAUUUAAAUAAUAAGACAGAAAAUAACACAUCUUUUCAAAAUAAUAACUCUAAUUAUACAUUAAGUGAAAACUUUAGAGAUACUAUUAGUGUUCCAUCAAGUAAAUUAGUUAACCGAAGAUCUUUUACUUCAGCACAACAUAAAUAUGAUGAAGAAUUAUUAAAACUAAAGAAUUAUAUAUGCAAAUUAAGUAACAAAUUUCAGAAUACAAUGGAAUUUGAGCAUAUAUUUCCUUUUAAUAAAACUACAGAUAAAAAUGCUUCAUUAAUAUUUUAUAACUUACUUGUCCUAGCAUCAAAUGAUGAGAUAGAAUUAAUUCAGAAUUUUCCUAAUAACAAAAUUCUUAUACGAGUAUUUUAA